UCUAUGUGUUUUAGGAAAAUGAAUUAACCCUUCUGACCCUCAGAUUUUUUAUCUGCAAAAUUAGAGGGGUGGGAAGGGAGUUGAAUUAGAUGAUUUUUAAGGUUUAUUCUAGCCCUAACAUUUUAUUAUAAUAAGAUUUUUUUAUCUGGGAAGAACUAGAAAAAGCAAGAACAGUAAGUACACAAAUCCAAAAUCUAGGUUUGAGCAGACUAGCCUGGCUCCAAUAUGGGGUACUUACUCAAGUCAUGUUCCUGAAAGAAUCUAGAAGUGGAGAAAACAGCUUCCUUUCCUACUUAUUUCGAUUAGGUAGAUAGAAGGACAGAAAAUAGUGAGAAAGAGGGAGAAAAUAAGCAUAAUAUUUGUGAGGUGAAAUUCUAGUCUAGUUCAUGGAGAAGAUAGGUGCUAAUAGGUGACGACAGAUCUAGAGAUCUGGAAAAAUGGGGACUGAGGAAAUAGAGAUGAAGAGAGACUGACUAGGGAGAUGAAUAUAUAGAAAAUAAAAAUGGAGGCAUAUGAGACCUCUAGUGCCAGGGAAAUCUGUUGGAAGGCUUGUGACUUCCGAACCUUAGUUAUCUCCCUUCCCUCCAGCAAGUCAUAAGAACUUUUACCCUGGCCCCACCCUGCCCUUGACAAUCCUUUCAUGAAGGGACAGGAGUGUUCUUCAAACUUUUCAUUCCCUGGAAUCUACAUUAUUAGAACAGCCAACUGUUUCCUGCCUAUCUGAAGAAAUCACCCGAUUCGGUUCCAGCAAAGUCAUGGAGGAGAGAGAGAUCCUGCCUGCAGAAGAGAGGCAAGUUCGGGAAGAAAAAUUGAGGCAUUGGGCCCAACACAGAGAGAGUGGACGUCUCCUGGUGUUAUCGGUGAGCCAACUCUGGAUGGCAGUGGCUUCUGUAUCCUUUGCUGUUUCCAUUUCUUGCCUGGAAUCAGACUGCCACAUGAAUGUAGCACUACCCCUGUGGCCAGGAGUUUCGGGUCUCCUUACUGGGAUCUUGACACUAGAACUUCGAAGAACACCCCGCCUCUGGAAGGUGAGAGCUAUGAUGAUACUGAAUUUAUUUGGAAUGAUCCUGGGACUUGUGGUGGUGGCAGUCCAGGGAAUGAAGCUGGCCUUGGGUCCAGUACUAUCAACUUCCUACCAGUGGGUUGGCUUGCUGAUCCUGGAAUUGAGUGCAGAGGCCUUCAUCCUAGGCGGAGCUCUAGCCUCUGCCUUUUCCCUUCUCCUGCUGAGCCAAAGAAAGCCAGGAUGCUGUGGUGUUCGGAGACUGCGCUACCAGGAGCUACAAGAGGGCCUAUCAGAAAUGGAAGAAGUUAAAGGUACUGAAACUAUUCCCUCUACAGCUUGCGCAGCAAAUGAAUGAAUCAGGAAAGUGGAACAGAGGAGUAUUUCUAGAAUGCUUUUUAAGGAUGAACCAAAUGGUCCUUGAGCACCCUGUACAGACACUGAUGCCAGGGGAAGGGAAGAGGAAUGGUUUCUCUGCUUCCCCACACCCCGGAUCUUAGCUCCCUGAAAUCUCCUUCUGCAACCGAUUUUGCCUGGGAGGUUGGAAUCCAACCAGACUUACAGGAAUGUCACCUAGGGAGGUGACCACGUCUUCAACUUGGCUCAAGCGUUGGCACGGGCUUUUCCCUUUCCCCUACCCAGGCAGAUAUGUUCUUGAAACUGAGUUUUCCUUCCUCAGAGGGAUGAUGCUAACUGCCUCAAUUCAUCAUCCUGCGAAAGGUCCCUUAUUGAAUCCUGAAUUCCCCUCACACCUGUUGCUGUUCCAGUUUAUGUAUUUAUCCCUCCACCAACCAUAGUCUGAUGCAUCCGGCUCUCAAUCUAUCCCUUUUCCUCCAUCCAUUCCCUUCUAUCCUCAUCCAUUCUUCCAGCCAAUUCCUCCCGCCGGGCUCCAUUAUCCCAUUCAUCACAUUCCAGCCUUCUACAAUUCAACACCUUCCCCCAUCAGCCGCAACUUCCCCAGUCCUUUGGUAAGAAAGAAUGCAAAGAACUACAAAUCCCAGCAGAUGCCCUUACCGCUUUGCAUGCUGGGAAAUAAAGGUCCUUCUCUGUGCAA